UUGCGAGCCAUUUGCAUUUGUGUUGUGCUUUGGCAAGUGGGAGUCGUGUUGUGCCAGGUUACAUUCGUGUUUUAAUUUCCUUUGCAAAGCGUUCGUGUUUUUGUCUAUCUGUAAAGUGUUUGGUUUUCCAUUUCGCCUGAAACCUCACGGCCACCGUAGAGCACCCGCAGGAUGUUUUGCUCGGAUUAGUCACCCGAAGAAGAAGAACUUCCGCUCAGGUACCUCUGUAAAAUUAGCACGUCUUUCAAAGCGAUCCAUAACCCUUCCAGAAAGUUCCGAACUGAUAAAAGCCUUCACGAAACUGAGUGUCCCAAGUGUUGGAAAUGUGUGCAAAGCCGACAGAAGAGUACACGGAGGAGCUACUUUGUGGAAGAAAAGAGAUGGAGCUACACCAACUGAACAUGCAGCCACGAGUUGUUUUACACCAGCUUACAGCUCCACAAGCCGAUACCGACCGUCCUUCUUCCGACAGCGAUGAUUACCAUUUCCGCGACGAUGAGAAAGACGAGGAUUAUUCCGGCGAGGAAUUUGACGAGGACGGCGAAGAUGAGGACGGCGACGAGGACUAUGACGACCAGGACGAAGACGACAGCAUUUCUCCGUGUCCUCGGUGCGGGAAAAUGUUUAAAUUGGGAUCUUUGAAGCAGCACAUCAAAAGACACUAUGCAAAGAAUGGUUUUGUCUGCUCAGUUUGCGGUAAACAAUUGUCAACCAUGGUCAGUUUAAAGUUCCACACAAAAUCGCACGCGGGCGAAAAACCAUUUCUCUGUUCCGUGUGCGGUAUGUGCCUCACGACUAAAACCGGCUUAAGAAUUCACAUGAGGACGCACACCGGCGAGAAACCUCACCAAUGCUCGGUUUGCAGUAAAAGAUUCAGCUUGAAAACGCGUUUACGCCUCCACAUGAGAACGCACACCGGAGAGAAACCGUACGCUUGUUCGCUUUGCGGUAAACGAUUCGCGCGCAGAAGCGGUAUUGUAAAGCACCGGAAAAUACACCUUGGCGAGAAACCUUUUUACUGCUCAGCGUGCGGUAGAAGUUACACGAGAAAACAAUAUUUCGAAAACCAUUCGUGUAAAGGGGCUGACGGAAUAGCAAAGUUGAAGGGGAACUGUCAAGAGACUUAGAUUUGUAGGCUUUAAAAAGCCACAACUGUUCACUUGUACUUUCUUCGUUUAAGCAAAAAAAAAAAAAAAAAAAGUCGAGGCCCCAGCAAAAAAAUAUAAAUUACAUAAUAUAAUAUAAAGUACAUUAAAAACACCCAAUUCCGCUAAUUAUAAAGGGGCGUUGUGUACUUGCAGCUCAAUGUCCAGGUAAACAAUGGCAAGUUGUCAAUCAAAGACCUUGUAGGUUGAGUUUCAGUUUGAAAUUGGUCUUAAAUAUGAUGACACAAGAUAGAUUCUUGAUGAAACACAUGAGGGAUAUCGCUUGAUCGCAAGAACCAUUCCGAGCCAUUUAAAUUUGUCAGUUCCUAAAGAAAUUGUUCUGUCCACCGAAUGUAAAAGGCUAUUUUGAACCUUUGAAUAAAAUGUCAAUUCUUUUGUCUUGUCCCCUGGUAACAUUUAUAAGCUUUAACUCAUACGCUGCCGUUGUUGGCGAUUGACUCCAUUUUGACUGGGAGGGCUAGCCGCGACCGGGCAACGGAACAAGACACGCUGGAAAGAAACCCUACGGCUGCUCUGUUUGCGGAGAAAGCUUUGUAAAGAAUUUCAUGGCGCACGCUGGAGAGAAACCUUUUCACUGCUUGAUUUGUUUUAAAUCCUCCUUUACUAGGAACAUUUAACCACACACACUGGGAAGCAGAGGUUGCGCUAGACAUUUUCGUUGUCUGUCAUUUUGACUGACAGGGUCAUAAAAAUCCGGUCAUAAUCUAGUUUUACCCGUCACUUAAAUUUUUAAAAUCAUAAUGAUGACAUAUUCAAUAGUAUUUAGUUUUCAUUCAUUUUUAAUUAAUAUUGUAACGCUUGCUUGGCGGCGAAAAAUUAGAUUUUUACUCUAUUUACCGCCAACAACACCAACAAAACAACAACUCCGCCCCCAAAGAAAAAGAGGCAACUAUAUAGACCCCAAUCACCAACGUCACACAAUGAUCCUAAUUUUGGUUGUCAGCCCAAAAUCUUCUAAAUACAUAUUAAAUGCAUCUUACCAGAUAUAAAAUGACUACUGCAUAGUCUGUGGUGAUCGUUUGGUGCCCAGAUUUCUUGUCGAAUUACAGCAGUCCAUCUCGCUUUCCUCUUCGGGUCUCUCAGAAUACGGUAGAACUUCAAGUCUCUCUGUCUAUCUUCUCUGUUACUCCAACCAACCGCCACACACGCCUUCACCAUUUUGAUUAUUAAUGUUAACGAGCAGAAAAACACGCUGUAAUAGGAGGCACGUACGUAGCGGUAAUGUGUAAACAAGACGAGCUGACACACAAUAUGGCGGCUCCGGUCAGGGGGGCGGAGUUGUGACGUCAUGUGAUUGGGGUCUAUACACAAGCGGCAAUCUAGUCCACCAAUUGGAUGACGCGCUGGCACACCGGGUGCACCAAUAAGAACCUCGCGUUGAUGUGUCAAUCACGGUGCCGCCGCCAGACCCCGGUGACGCUACAAUAUUCUGACAGAAUAGCCAACGACGUCAUGCAUUAAGAGAGACAAUAGCUAAUUAAUAUGCUCACUCGCCACCCUGUGGUCUGGGGUGUGAAUUGCAACCUGUCAAAAUGACGGACGGACUUCAGUUUUUUCCGUCACCGUUUUAAAAAACCGGUCAACGACGGAAAAUAUUCGGUUAACGCGACCCCUGCUGGGAAGAAAACUUUUGCCUGCUCGGUGUACGGUAGAGGUUAGAUCGGGCCUAAAAAAUCCAGCCCGACCCGACACGGCCCGCUGUUAUUGAAGCCCGGCCCGAGCCCGAUCAAUUAACUAGAUUAGCAGGCCCGAGCCCGAAAAACCCAUUUUUUGUUGUUGUUUUUUUUUUUGGAGUGACGCGGAAAAAAAACGCAGCAGCAGCAAUUUAUUUUCAUUUCUUCGAGUUGGCAGAAAAAUGCAAGUUUUCUUAAUGUUUAAAUAGUCAACAUAUUUUUAUGAUCAUUAUAAAAGCAUUUACACAACGAAAUAACGCUGGGAAACUUUAAUUAAAAAAACAUACGGUUUUGAAGACACACAGUGAAGGAUCACAUUUGUUGCCUUUGUGUGCAUGAAUAAAAGUGUCGUAACGAAUUAUCAGUUGGCAGAAAAAA